AUGGGUCUGGCGCUGCAUGCCAAGUAUGGUGGUCACUUCUCAUUCCGUGGCGUUAUCAUUUUCCCCGAUACACAUCUUCCGCCGGAUUUCAAAGAAGCGAAAGCAGAGAAGACGUUGAAAAGCGAGGAAGAAAUUGCCAACGCUGUGGAGCUGAUAAACGUUCACUGGAGGGACAAUCGUUACAGGGACUGCGGAAAUCCGAUCGCCAGAUAUUCCGAUUUACAGCUUGAGUACUUUAACACUUUACCUCGUCAUCGUUGGAAACUUCUCGCUAAGUGGUUUCAAGACUAA